UGUCUUAGAGCAUAACGUCCAAGAGUUCGCACAACCGAAAAACUGUUUAUGCGAGCAGUUGUAAUCCUUGUUUUCAAUCAUGUUUUCUUUUCCGCGCCUCGCCGGAGAUGAUUUUCCUCUUGAUCGACGUUCAUGCCAACUCCUUGGUCCGACUGCCUUGGUUGUCCAAGCGCUCAUGGGUGUGCUCGUAAUACUUUCUCUGGUGUAUAAGAGGCAUCGUGAGCCACAUAAACGACCUUGGAGAAUAUGGCUCUUCGAUGUGUCCAAGCAAAUUGUUGGACAGAUGUUUGUACACGGAGUCAAUGUUCUGAUAUCCGACCUUGGUUCACAUCAUACUUCCGGUAACGCCUGCACUUACUACUUUCUCAAUGUCCUCGUCGAUACCACUCUCGGUGUUGCUAUAAUAUACAUCGUCCACCAUGGUCUCACAUACCUCUUGGUAAAGAGACUACACCUCAAAGGCUACGAGUCCGGGCAGUAUGGUUCACCACCCUCAAUGGCUCAUUGGACCCGUCAAGCCGUAGUCUACGUUUUUGCGCUGACGACGAUGAAAAUGCUUGUUGUCGGAUCGUUUGCAGUGUGGCCGGGAAUAUCCAAGGUGGGAGACUGGUUGCUCAGUUGGACUGCUAUUGGUAACGGCGACGCCUUUCAAGUGAUUUUCGUUAUGGGUCUCUUCCCUAUCAUCAUGAACAUCCUUCAAUUCUGGCUUAUUGAUUCCAUUGUCAAAGCUUCUUCAAGCUCUGUCGAUCUUCCUACCAAUUCACCUCGUACAUCUGACGCGCAAGAUCGAGAACCGCUCUUUCGUGCACCAGAAGACGACGAGGACGAGGUCCGUUGCGACAUAGAGAAUCCUCGACCCACCUACUCAAGGAUGCCGACUGAAGACGACGCGAAAACGGUAGUUGCAUCUGAGGACGGCAAGGGAAAAUAUAGCGGAAACACCUCUCCAUUAACGAUAGCCCAGUCUACUAGCUCGUCUCCUCUCGCUCCGCAUGAUUAUCCUCCAAGUAGCAUCGAGAGUUCGUCAUCUCACAGCUCCCGUUCUCGGCACAAGUACAAGCGCUCGCCGCCACCUCCACUCGAGUUUCGUACGUCCCAUAUGCCAGCAAUCAACUCCCCUGAUCCACCUCGUGUGCAGUCUGUUCAAUCGCAUCAGGGUGAUGCGGAGCGCAACGCGCGGGAAAAAGAGGAUUCCACCGGGCGAGUGGGAGAUGAGGAGCGAACUGCCACACGGAUAGAACAGACCAAGGGUAUAGUCAAUAAGGUUUGGCGCAAUACACUUGGGAGCUUGUGAAUUCGAACAUUGGUUUCUACUGUCAUCAUCCCACAUUCUGUAUGAUUUCUAUUUCGCUGCACUACCAUUUGUACCAUAAAUUCACGGGGUAAUACUACUUAGAGCCUUUGCUCACAGAUACACAAUUUAACUUUGGACUGACGCAUUGCAAAAGCAUGUUUUACGCGUGUAUCCUUACGUCAGGUCACAGCCUAUUGCUAAAUUAAAAUUCUAUCUACCCUCUAUACACGC